AAAACUAUCUAUUCCUAAAACGUAACCCUAACCCUAAUUAUCUAACUCUCUGUCUCUCACUUCGCCACUCGGUCUCUCUCCCACUCGCGAUUUGUUGCACCUCCGCCCUCCAUCACUCUCGACUCUGGUCGCCUGAAACGCUGAGCUCCUCUUGUGAGCUUUCCGGUUGUCGUCGCCUGAGCUUCAGCCUCCAUCAUCGCCGUGCUCUCUGUUCGUUCGCCUCUUCUCUCUCUCGGUUGUCUUCGCCUGAGCUUCUCCCUCGUCGCCUGAAACGCUGAUGUCUUCUCCCUCGCCGUCUGUCUUCGCCGCUUCUGUUCGACCAUUUUCUUUCUCUCCCUCGCGACUACUUACAAGAGUUAUAAAUCUUCACCUUCCGCAAAUCCAUCGUCGUCUCCACCGCCGCCGGAGAGCUGCCGGAGCCAACUCAGCCAAGAUCGUUGAGAAUGACAAGGAUAGAAAUGCAAACCGAGAGGCUCUUACGGCACUGCGGAAGAGAGCUCGGACCACCAAGACCAGCGUUCCUUCCUCUUUCGAGUCUAUAAUGAAGGAUGUCGGUGGGAACACAUUGAAACCAUUGGUGAAAGAAGUUUGCUCGAUGUGCGGGAAUCACGAUUCCAGUGAGCCCACGUGGAUGAUGCUUCCAGGAGCUGAUCUUUUCGCCGCAGUCCCGUUUCACGCCGUUCAUACAAUACUGGAGAGAGAUCAAGAGAGACUGGAAUUCGGAUCUAAUAAACUACAGAGCUACGUGAAGGAGAAGGCCCUCUCUAUAUCGGAAUUGGGCGCACUGGCUGAUAGUACGUGCCCUGGAAUUAUCAGGUCACUAGUGACAUUAACGGACAAACCCAAGGACACACACGGAUAAUGUGCAAAGGAGAGGACAAAAUCUUCUAUACAUGGAAUCUAAAGUGAGAUCUGAACAUGGGGAGGUGAAACAUCUAGUAGGGGGGAGUGAUCUCUUGUCCUGCCUUAACUUAGACUCCAUUUGCAUCUCCGGUUAAAACCCAUGGCUAAACGAAGGAUGUAUAUUAGUGCGGAAGAAAUAAAAUAGCCUGAACCAUCUUUUCCCCCUCAUUAACAUGUGAUCAUCCAUUUAGUUAUGCAUUACCUUUUUGGGUACAAUAUCUCUGAAAAAUGUUAAUUGUGUAAUAGUGAAAGGUGGAUACAUAUGUUUUCGUAAUUACAGAAACGUCAUCAAAUU